UGAUGGCUGGCAGGAGACAUGUGACCCUGGGAUGGGUAUUUUUGGCUGUGGGGGUGGGGCCUGCAUGGCGGGCGGCACCAUGCCGCUCUUGGACCCGCCGCUUGGACCAGCAGCCCCUCAUUCCCUCCCUCAGGGGCAAUCCCUAAGGGGUCCGGGAGGUGGAGGCCCCCGCAGGGAUCCUCCUCAGGGCUCGAGAGGAGGGUGAAGCUCAGUGAGCGAGGAAGCCACAGUGCCCUGGGGCCCAGGCACCCCCAUCCCAGGACUGGACCAGCAGGAGCCGAAGGGCAGCCCCACCACAGGGGCUCGAGAGGUUAGAGGCUCCCCAGCUGGGGUUGCCUUGGGUCACCCAGACAAGGCCGACGGAGGGACCUUCGCCAGCUGGGCAGACCCGGGUCAGGAGCACAGACCCCGAGGAUGACCUAGGGAGCUGCUGGGAGUCAGCAGGCUCGUGUCCCUUCUGCGACCUCCUGCCUGGGCUCUCCCGGAUGACCCGAGUGCGCCCUGGCCAGCACCAGUGUGACUUUGGUGAGCUCAGAGGCAGCACAGUGGCCUGUGUCAGCCCAGGCUAGUGGGAGGUCAUUACCAAGGCCGGUCACACGCUGGACACUGCGGCCCCUCCUCCGUGGCCAGCUGCCACCUGGGGCAUGCUGGGACAGGCCAGGGCUCACCAUCGCCAGGCCGGCCCGUGUGGAGGGAAGUUGGAGGUUGCGGCCGACCCGGCUGAACAGACAAUGCUUGAGGAUGUGAAGGGCAGCUGCUUCUGGGGUCGAGAUCCAAACACAAGGACCCUACUUCUUCGCGCACCUCACUGACCGGGAGCCGUAUUUGGUGGAAGCAAGGAGACAUGUCAUAAAGUUGCUGUCGGGGGUCGAUUUGGAAACAGGAAGGACAGGGGGCUGCACACGGUCUGACUGGAGGAAGCAGCCUGCUCCCCGCGUCUGCUGGCUCCGUUCAGGGCGAAGAUGCUGGCCCGGCUGUGAGCCAGGGCGGGGCAGGCACCUGCUGGGUGCACAGGGGGACGCAUUGCAUGAAGACCCGAGCUCUGCCGCUCACGUGCCGCCCGCCCCACAUGGAGAACUUCCAGUACAGCGUCCAGCUGAGCGACCAGGACUGGGCUGAGUUCUCGGCCACUGCCGAGGAGUGUGGCCUCCUGCAGGCCGGCCUGGCCUCUGGGGACGAACCCCUGUCCAGUGACAUUGACCAAGGGGACAGCAGUGGCAGCAGCCCCCCCGGGCCCCAGGCCCUUCUCGGGGGGAGUGGCUGGCGUGGCUUCGAGGAGGAGGACCAGGCAGCCGCGCAGCAGCUGGUCAGCAGGUCUUGGCAAGAGCCUGUCCUGGCCCAGGGGGCCAGUCAGCAGAUGCCCAGCACGUCAGUGUGGUCAGAAGCCCGGCCACCCCUCAGCCCUGGCGCCACCUCUCCCGGCCAGAGCGCGCCCCUCCAAGGGCCAGUACCUUCCAGAGACGAGAUGCAGAGGCUUCUGCAGGGGCCGGCCCCCCGGGACCCUGCCCCUCGCCCCCCUGGCGAGGCUCCCCCGAGCCCCGGGUCCCCAGGCCGCAGCCCUCUGCCCCAGAGGCCCCCCGGCAGCCCUGGGGCCCAGCAGCGAAGCCCCAGCCGAAAGAAGAGGCGAGCCGCAGGUGCCAAGGGAGGUGGGCGCUCCAGUGCGGCAGGCUCCUCUCCCACCCUGCGGGGCUCCCCCAGGCUCUCCGAGGCCCGGCCCAAAGAGGGCCUCCGCCCCGCUGGGUCCCGGGGGAAGGAUCUCUCAGCUGGGGUGGGAGAGCAGACGGCAGGAGCCCAGCAGGACGAGCGGGGCCCAGAGUCUGCAGGAGCCCCUGAGCAGGUGGCCCAGCCAGGGCCAGGACUGGAUCUGUCUACACCUGUCCCCACUACUGAGCAAGGUACGAACCUACUCAGAAUGACUCCCGGAGCUGAGCUACACACUGUGUCCACACCUGCCCAGGGACCUUGUCCAGAUUUCUCCACAGCAAAGUCAGACACUGCGCCGUCUACACCUGUCUCCGAGCUUCGUCCUGACCCUGCUCCGUCUACACCUGCCUCUAAGCUUCAUCCUGACCCUGCUCCGUCUACACCUGCCUCCGAGCUUCGUCCUGACCCUGCUCCGUCCACACCUCCUAGGCUGGAUGAGGACCUGCCCCUGCUGGGCCCAGAGGUCAAGCCAGAGGUGGACUUCUCUAUCCCGGUCUCGGAGGCACAGUCUGAUGUGGGUGUGUCCACACCUGCUCCCACUCCCCAGGCUAGGCCUGACACGAUGGAGGCCAAGGUCGCCCCGUUGGCCAAGUUGGAUAUGAGCUCUGUUGUGUCUUCAGGGGGGCACCAAGAAAAGCCCGGAGGGGAGCCUUCAGCAGGUGGCCCUGGAUGCCCCUCUCAGGAGCCCCUCCCAGCUACCAGGAAGAAGAAAGUGCGGUUCUCUAUGGCUGUGCCCAGCCCGGAGGAGCCAGGACCGGAGGCCUCACGCCCCCCCUCGCCAGCCGCAGCCUGGCCCUCAGCCCCCAGGACGGCAGCGGGGGGCCGUGGGGGGCCUGGAGCUUGGGACGCAGUGGCAGUUGGGCCCCGGCUCCCCCAGCCUCGGAUCCUGAAGCACCUGCCCCCCCCCGCCUCUACCUCUGGGGCACUCGGGUACAGGAGUUGCUUUGCAGUGACGGUCCCAGAAGCCUACGAGUUCUUCUUCUGCGACACUAUUGAGGAGGAGGAUGAAGACGUUGAGGAGGAGGCAGAGGCCGGCGAGGCCACAGCCCAAGUCCAGUGGCCGGAAGUGUGUGAGUUCUUCUUCCGGGACAGUCGAGCCAAGAGAGCUGGGCACCGGGGGGGCCCUUCCCUGGCCUCACCCCCAGAAGCUGAUCCUGUGCCAAGCCCUGUUCCUGGAGACCCCAAGCCCAUCUCCAUUCCCGAGGCCUACGAGCACUUCCUUGGGGAGGACACGUUGGAGGGCGUGCUGGGGCCGGCUGCCCUUCUCCAGCUUCAGGCCGAAGAGGCCCCCACGCCGGCCCCCCGGGGAGGAGAGCCUGGCCCUGCAGCGGAGCCCGGCCCGGCUGCAGCGGAACAGCUCGACCUGGUGCUCAGGCAAGCAGGGGAGCUCCGAGGUCCCCUCACCCCCUUCACCUUCAGCCAGAAUGACAUGUGCCUGGUGUUUGUAGCCUUUGCCACCUGGGCUGUGAGGACAUCGGAUCUGCACGCCCCAGACGCCUGGAAGACAGUCUUGCUGGCGAACAUCGGUACCAUCUCCGCCAUCCGCUACUUCCGACGGCAGGUGUGGCGGGAGCGCCGCAGCCCCAGCCCCAGCCCCAGCCCCAGCCCCGGCCCCAGCUCCUAGGACCCAGGGUUGCCCACG